AUGGAUACUGUUUCCAAUAUGGUUUGCGGUGAAAAUGUAUACCAAAAUUGUCCCUCACAAUCAGCAUGUAUGUGCAAUGCAAAUUCUACAAAUUAUAGUGGAUUAUGUGCUCCAUUUGGAGAUUUUGGAUUCUCUGCAUAUAAUCAUUUCGAAAAAUAUUUGCAAUGUAUGGACAAUAGUGGAUGUCCUAAUGUUGAUAAUGAUGCUUUGUAUUUCACGAAAGUGUGGUACUCCUCUCAAUUAUUUUAA